CACGUACUCACGCGUCUAGAACCUCAAGAGAAACCUUCUAAAAUCUAAACACAAAUUCCAAAUCAAACACACCACUCUCCCUUCUUCAUCAUCAUCAAUUUUUCAAAACCCUAGUUUUUUCCCCUCUUCAAUGCAUAUGAAUCACUAAUCAUCAAAUUAAUCAAAGUUCCCCUCCUUUUUCAAGAAUUUCAACUCUAAUUUUACAUACAAUGGAUAUCGAACAGAAGCAAGCGGAUUUAAUCGAACACUUUGUGAAACAAGUGUCGGCAAACAAGGGUUCCUUCCUCGCUUCGAUCAUCAUUGAAGCAACUUCAAAUCCUUCUCUCUUCGCAUUCUCCGAAAUUCUUGCCGUAUCUAAUGUCGCCGAGCUUCAAGGAACUGAACAUUCAAUGUACCUUAAUCUUCUCCGUUUAUUUGCUCAUGGAACAUGGAGUGAUUACAAAAUUAAUGCUGGGUCUCUACCGAAUCUGGUUGCUGAACAAGUACUCAAGUUAAAGCAACUUACUGUCCUUACACUGGCUGAGACAAGCAAGGUACUACCAUAUGAUCAUUUGAUGCAGGAGCUAGAUGUAACAAAUGUGCGUGAACUGGAAGAUUUUCUUAUCAAUGAGUGCAUGUAUUCGGGAAUUGUAAGAGGCAAGCUGGAUCAGCUGCGAAGAUGCUUUGAGGUACAAUUUGCUGCUGGAAGAGAUCUUAGACCAGCGCAAUUGGGUAGUAUGAUACAGACAUUGACUAACUGGUUGUCGACUUCGGACAACUUGCUCCUGACUAUUCAAGAGAAGAUAAAAUGGGCAGAUACCAUGAGUGAGUUGGACAAGAAACAUAAAAAAGAAGUUGAUGACAGAGUGGAAGACGUAAAGAAGACUCUAUCUCUCAAGAAGUUACACACUGUAAGCAGGCCGACAUUGACUUCCGAGGGCAUGAGGAGAUCUUCUCUGAACCUGGCGGAGUGAUGGACUUUGAGGAAGAUAGAAUCCGACCUAAGAGGAGGCGGCAUCCACUAAAUUAAGCAGCAGGUGAUAGAGCGGUUAUGCACUGCUGGGUUUGGACAGUGGCAACCUGCACAGAUAUCUGCCUUUGAAGAUGACUGGACUUAGUUUUUGGACCAUCAUCACUGAUCUCUGACCUUUACAAACUUGGCAAAAGUUACAAGUCCCAUGAACCUGUGUGUAUUCAUUUUCAUGGGAGUAGGUGGUCUUCUUUGGUGUUUUGAGGGUUGAAAUUUUCAUGGGUAGAUCAUGGGUGUAAUAGCUACAACUUAUAUUUUUAGUGAAGAUUCAAAGUGUACUAUAGCAUAUCCUUGAUUGAUCUAUGACAACUGACUGGAAAUUUUUGGCGGCGA